AUGGAGGAAAGUGACAAUUUAAAUAAUUCAAAUAAAAUGCUUGGACAUUUGGCUGAUUUGGGAAGAUUUUUAAAUGAAGCUGUUGCUGCAACUAAUAAUACAAAUAAUUUAAUAAUUAAAGAAGAAAAUGUUGAAAAUAAUUUAAAUAUAUUUUGUAAUAAUAAUGAUAAUAAUUGUUUUUUACAAGAAGAACAAACAACAAAAAAUAAUUUAAAUAAUAAACAACAAAAUGGAGAGGAAGAAGGAAUAAUAAUUAAAAAAUCAACAAAAAAUAAAAAAUUAAAUAAUAAAAAACAAAACGGGAAUGGGGGAGGGGGAGGAGGUAAAACAACACAUAAAUGCCCCCAUUGUACAUUUACUACAUUUAUGUCUCAACAUAUGAAAAGUCAUCUGAGAGCACAUGAUAAUUUUGUUGGUCAGAUGUAUAUUUGUGAUCUUUGUGGAAUGGCGUUUUCUCAAAAAGCAAAUAUGCAUAGACAUAGAGGCACACAUUCUGGAAUGCAAGAACAUUCAAUGACACAUAUAAAGACAGGAAAUGAUUUUGAUUGUCCGGUUUCUGGUUGUUCUUUUAAAUUUUCCCAACAUAAUUUACUUAAACAACAUCUCGAUCAAAAACAUGCCAUUUCCCCUUCUUUACAGGGACAGUGCAAACUUUGUAAUUUGCAAUUUUCAAAUGCUCGACGUCUUUUAAUGCAUUACCAAACAAAACAUGAGGAAUAUGCAAGUAAUGAUUCACCCGUUCUUGAAGGGCAAUCGCCGGUGAAAAGAUUAAAUAAUUGUUUAACAAAAACAACAUCUCCUUCCUCACCAUCAGAAUUACCAAUAGAAACAUCCUCCUCCCUCCAACAACAAAAUGAUCAAAAUUUUUCUUUUCCCUCAUCGUCUACCAAAAAAAUUGGACGAAAACCAAGGAAAAGGCCAAGAUUGUUAUUAUCCCCUUCGUCCUCAACUACUAUAAAUUCUUCAAUUAAACAACAAAUAAAUAAUAAUAAUUUAAUAUUAGAUAAUAAUUUAAUUAAUUCAUCAAAUCAAUAUUCAAAUAAAACAAAAGUUUUACCAGUCAAUGGCUGUAUUUCAUUUUCCCCCGCAACAUUUUCUGAUGCCCCUACAACUUCUACGUCUAGCACUUUAAAUGGUUAUAACGUAGAAGAUUUAUUAAAAUUAGACUGUGGUGGAAGUGAUAAUAAUACAAAUACUAGUUAUUAUUCUUCCCCCUCUUCCUCAUCCUUAUCUACAAAAGCACAACAAAACCUUCAAUUAUCAACAAUAUUUACUUCAACGCCCUCCCCAAGUCAAUGUUCUUCUGGAAAUUCAGGAUUUGAUCUUUUAUUUAGAGAAUGUUGGCUAAAAACUUUUUCUUCUAACGCUUUGUUAACCCAAUUUGGGGGUAAAUUACCUACAUCUACAAAUUCUUUUAUUGGAAAUAAUUCAGGCAUUUUGACUCUCUAA